CCUGAUUGGUGAGAGAGCACAUCCCUCGCGGUAGAGGGCGGCGCCGCUGUCAGCGGUCUUGAUUCUUGUCAACAGAACGCUGGCGCGCAGCACUGGCUUCCUGCGCUAACCUUAAGUAGGCGCGCUUGAGUGCAAACGAAAACUGAAAAGUACUGAUCUAGACCGGCAGAAAAGGGGCACAGAGCUUGCAUCUCACAUUUUACAAGACGACGCAUUACUGCUCUUAACAAGGAUUAGUGGUUAACAGAAAGUAAACGUGCUUUGUUCAAACACCAUAUAAAGAGAUAGCUAUUUCUGUUGUAAGGGCACAGGACUUGGCAUCUGCUGCUAGAACUAGACCCAAAAAGAUAAGAAAAGGGAGAAGACGAAGAAGACUGUUUGUGUUUGGACUGAGAAGACAGGGGCGCUUCGACUUGUUCUGCUUCGGAUAAUAUAAACACCCAGUCGUCCAGCUGUGAACAGUUACAAAGUCAAGUCCUCACUUGCAGAAGGAAUUCGGAUUGCUGCAGACAACUGGGCAGCGAGCAAGACUGGAAAGUGAAAGAGCAUUCAGCUGGGCUGUCAAACUAGUGUAGCCAGACUCCGGAUCAAACACAGACUGACACGCUGAUCCAGUGUACAGAAACGCGCCGUUAGAUCCCCUGUAUACUGCCUUCGAAGAGACUUGUGUUCUUCCAGACCUUCUUCAAGCUGUUUCCCUGUGCUUGUGUCUCACUCUGGAUGCUGUGCUGAAAUACAAAACAAAACAUAUCUUAUUUCCCAUUGGGAUUUCUAAAGAUAGUAUAGUAAACAGCAUCACUGUUUAAUUUCUUUGAAUAUUUUCACCGUUGCCAGCUAUGUCUGAGAAUAAGUACGAUGGGAGGUGCAGUGAUGAAGAAUCGGACCCGGGACCGCUGUGCCCCACGCCGGGGCGCUCAGGAAGGGCAGGGCGGCGGAGCGGGGUGACUGUACCGGCAGCGGACCGCUCCAGUCCCGGCGGCUCGGCAGCGGAUACAGAAGCCAGCCUUAUCGAGGCUGCAAAGGCGACGCCGCGAAGAAGCAGCAUUAUAAAGGACCCCUCGAACCAGAAGCCGGCCGGGCGCAAGAAGACAGUGUCCUUCAGCAGCAUGCCCUCGGAGAAGAAGAUCAGCAGUGCGGCUGACUGCCUCAGCUUCAUGCAGGGGGGCUGCGAGCUCAAGAAAGUGCGUCCCAACUCGCGGGUGUACAGCCGCUUCUUCACGCUGGAAACUGACCUGCAGUGCCUGCGCUGGGAGCCCUCCAAGAAGGACCCCGAGCGAGCUCGGCUGGACAUCAGCGCGGUGAGGGAGGUGCGGACCGGCAAGAACACCGAGACCUUCCGGCACAACGGCCCUGCCGAGCAGCUGCCCGAGGAGGCGGCCUUCUCCAUCGUCCACGGGGAGGGCUAUGAGUCCCUGGACCUGGUGGCCAACACUGCCGACGUGGCCAACAUCUGGGUGACAGGGCUGCGCUACCUCCUCUCCCACCAGAAUCAGAAUCCCAAGGAGCUGGAGGACAGCCCGGCCAACUCCAUCCGCGCCGCCUGGCUCUCCGCAGAGUUCUGCAGGAAUGACGAGGACGGGAAUGGGAUCAUGCCCGAGGACAUCGCCGUCGACUGCAUUCGGAGGCUGUGCCCCGGGAUAAAGGAGACCAAGGUGCGGCUGAAGUUCAAGGAGCUCCAGCGCAGCAAGGAGAAGCUGACGACGCGCGUGACAGAGGAGGAGUUCCAGGAGGCGUACUGCGAGCUGUGCACGCGGCCCGAGGUCUACUUUCUGCUGGUGCAGAUCUCCAAGGACAAGGAGUGCCUGGAUGCCCAGGACCUGCAGCUCUUCCUGGAGGCAGAGCAAGGGCUGACCCAGGUCACCCCGGAGAGCUGCCUGGACAUCAUCAACCGCUUCGAGCCCUCCGAGGAGGGGCGCAGCCGGGGAGUGCUGGGCGUGGACGGCUUCACGCGCUACCUGCUGUCCCCCGAGUGUGCCAUCUUUGACCCCGAGCACAAGUGGGUGUGCCAGGACAUGAGCCAGCCCCUGUCGCACUACUACGUCAACGCCUCGCACCGCACCUACCUGAUCGAGGACCAGCUGCGGGGCCCCGUCGACGUCACCGGCUUCGUGCGAGCGCUCAGGAUGGGCUGCCGCUGCCUGGAGCUGGACGUGGGGGACGGCCCGGAGAACCAGCCCGUCGUGGGGGGCCGCCAGGGCCUCUCCAGCCCCUUGGCCUUGCGCAGCGCCCUGGAGGUGAUCAACAAGUACGCCUUCCUGUCCUCGGACUACCCUCUUCUGCUGUGCCUGGGAAACAGGUGCUCCCCUGGCCAGCAAAAAGUGGUGGCCCAGCACCUGAAGAAAGUCUUCGGCAGCAAGCUCUACACCCACAGCUCUGCUGCUGCUGCCACCAUGGGCCACCUGCUGUCCCCCGACAAGCUGAAGAGGAAGGUGCUGCUGGUGGGGAAGAAGCUGCCGGCUGAGCAAGAGUCCUCGGAAGGGGAGGUGACGGACGAGGAGGAGGUGGAGGAGGAGGAGGGAGGGGGCGGGGAGGGCUUGGGGAGGAGGCAGGCUGAAGAAGAGUACGAGGUGGCAGUGGAGCCCAAAUUGACGAAGCUUCGCAAAGAGCUCUCCGACCUGAUCGCUGUCUGCAAAUCCGGGCAGCGCUCCUAUUGCUCCUCCCCCAGGCGUGACCACGACUCCUGCAGAAGUAACGGUGGCGGGUGCGGUGCGGGCUGGGAGGUGUGCUCACUUGGCGAGGUGGAGGCAGGGCGCCUGGCUAACGAGUGCCCGGAGGAGCUGGUGAACUACAACAAGCGCUUCCUGAUGCGGGUGCGGCCCAGCGCCAUGCGGGUGGACUCCAGCAACCCCAACCCCCAGGACUUCUGGAAGUGCGGCUGCCAGCUGGUUGCGAUGAACUACCAGACCCCGGGGCCCAUGAUGGACCUGCACACAGGCUGGUUCCAGCAGAACGGGGGCUGCGGCUUCGUGCUGCGGCCGGCGGUGAUGCGGGAGGAGGUGUCCUACUUCAGCGCCAACACCAUGGGCACAGUGCCAGGCGUGCCGCCGCAGAUCCUCCGGGUCAAGGUGAUCAGCGGGCAGAACUUCCCCAAGCCCCGCGGCGCCUGCGCCAAGGGUGACGUCAUCGACCCGUACGUGUGCGUGGAGAUCCACGGCAUCCCGGCUGACUGCGUCGAGCAGAGAACACGCACCGCCACGCAGAACGGGGACGACCCGCUGUUCGACGAGAGCUUCGACUUUCAGGUGAACCUCCCUGAGCUGGCUCUGCUGCGCCUGGUGGUCCUGGAUGACGAUUGCAUCGGGGACGAGUUCAUCGGGCAGUACACCAUCCCCAUGCAGUGCCUGCAGACGGGGUACCGCCACGUGCCGCUGCUGUCCUUUUCGGGGGAGCCCGUGGAGCAUGCCUCUCUCUUUGUGCACGUGGCCAUCACCAACCGGCGAGGCGGCGGCAAGGCUCACAAGAGAGGGAUGUCGAUGCGCAAGGGCAGGCGAACCCGGGAGUACACGGUGCUACGCAACACCGGCCUCCGAGCACUGGACGAGGUGUUCCGGCUGGCUGGGACUCCUCUGAGAGAGGCCACCGACACACGGGAGAACAUGCAGAACGCCACGGUGUGUUUCAAGGAGCUGUGCGGCCUGUCCCUCCUCUCCAACCUGAAGCAGUGCAUCCUGAGCCUCUCGUCCCGUCUGCAGAGCGGAGAAGGGCCCCCGGGGGCCACGCUCACUGUGAGGGACAGCUACCCCUAUCUGGAGCCCCAGGGCAGCCUGCCCGAGGCCACCCGCAAACUGCUGCACUCCUACGACUCGAUGAUCCAGGAACACCGGCUCCUGCUCGAGACGGCAGACUCCAUUCAUGAGAGGAUCACCCAGGUGCAGAAAGCAGCGAUGGAGUUCCAUGAGGAUCUUCACCGGCUGGGAGCCAAGGAGGGACUGAAGGGACGCAAGCUGCACAAGGCAGUGGAGAACUUUGCAUGGAACAUCACUGUGCUCAAGGGGCAGGGUGAUCUGCUGCGCAGUGCGAAGGCGGAGGCGCUGGACUCACUCAAGCAGCUAGAGCUGGCCUGCCUCUCCUGUGGACUGAGCCAGCCAGAGGACGGCAAGGCAAGGAGGGGCCAGAAGAGCAUCAAGGAGAGGGAGAGUGGAGAGGGGAACAGGCGGAUAUGAACCAGCGACAUUGGGGAAGAGCGAGGUGGGGCCUGGAGACGCGGCCCAAUCUGAACAAGGAUUGAAUCGGGACAAAACCAGUGCAAGGGUGGGGGAUAGUGAGGUUGGGAAGUGGGGGAACUAGAAUCUGAUGUCUUAGUGAAUUCGGGGAUCAAGGAGACAUGUUUCCAGUCCUCUGCUGUGUCCAAUAGGAGGUGUCUCAGUGUCACUGAGGGAUGUAUGCUGCCUGGCCUGCAGCACAGUAGCAAUGCACACAGACUAGUGCAGUUUACUCAGGAGAAGCCUUACCACAGUAAAUUUGCAUGGUCAUGCGCUUCCCAUGAUUACACUGUACUAUACCUAACCAUACCUCUCUGUGCUUUAUAAUGCUUACCUGUGCUUUAACAUACCUCUCUGUGCUUUAUAAUGCUUACCUGUGCUUUAACAUACCUCUCUGUGCUUUAUAAUGCUUACCUGUGCUUUAACAUACCUCUCUGUGCUUUAUAAUGCUUACCUGUGCUUUAACAUACCUCUCUGUGCUUUAUAAUGCUUACCUGUGCUUUAACAUACCUCUCUGUGCUUUACAAUGCUUCCCUAUGCUUUACCAGACCUCUAUGUGCUUUACAAUGCUUAUGUGUGCUUUACCAUACCUCUAUGUGCUUUACAAUGCUUCCCUGUGCUUUACCAUACCUCUCUGUGCUUUACAAUGCUUCCCUAUGCUUUACCAUAGCCUGUGCUUUACAAUGCUUCCCUGUGCUUUACCAUACCUCUCUGUGCUUUACAAUGCUUUACCAUACCUCUCUGUGCUUUACAAUGCUUCCCUAUGCUUUACCACACCUCUCUGUGCUUUACAAUGCUUCCCUAUGCUUUACCAUACCUCUCUGUGCUUUACAAUGCUUCCCUAUGCUUUACCACACCUCUCUGUGCUUUACAAUGCUUCCCUAUGCUUUACCACACCUCUCUGUGCUUUACAAUGCUUCCAUAUGCUUUACCACACCUCUCUGUGCUUUACAAUGCUUCCCUAUGCUUUACCAGACCUCUAUGUGCUUUACAAUGCUUCCCUAUGCUUUACCAGACCUCUCUGUGCUUUACAAUGCUUCCCUAUGCUUUACCACACCUCUCUGUGCUUUAUUCCACUUCGCUGUGCUUUUACUAUGGGAACCUUUUAUAAGGGAGGCAAUACAGAUUGCUAGAACUCAUUUAGUAUUAUUGUGGUCCAGUAGAGGAGCAUACAUUUUGACAUAUUCUUAGCAGUGAAUAGUAUCUAUAUAAAUAAUGCAGCUAACUCUGUAUCAGUAUUAAUAAGCAGCCAAGUGACAUCGUCUACAGUAUUGUGCGCUGUAUACUUAAAUAUAAAUAUACGUAUAUCUUACACCGUAUAGUAACACAUUUUUUAUUCGAUUUAAUAUAUUUAGUAACAUAUUUGUAAAUGUGAGCUCUAUAUUUAUAUAUUCAUAACACAUAUUUUGAUAGGGUAAAGUGGCUACUGGACAUGGGCAAUACCAUUCCUAGAGGGGGGGGGGGCUACUGGACA